AUGUCCGUUAUUGAUAUAACGAAGGACCUGUCAGCUCUCUUCGUCCAGCAGGUGGGUGUGACACCUGAUGCUAUCGCCUUAGAGGACGAAAAAAACCAAUACACCUAUUCUGAACUUGACAGGAAGGUUUCAGAACUUGCUUUUCGUCUCCGUCAACAUGGCGUUGGUCGAGACAGCCUUGUUGGCGUGCUUCUGGGACGCAGCGCAGACUACGUGAUUGCUUGUUUAGCAGCCCUUCGUGCUGGUGGUGCCUUUCUUGUCCUCGAACUUGCUUAUCCCCCAAACCUCCUCACUGACGUUAUCGACGAUUCGAAUCCCGCUGUGGUAAUCACGAACCAAAGCCAGGCGGAAAAAAUAAAGGCAGGCACUCCAUUAAUAGUCCUCGACAAGCAGCAGAAAGAAUCCCCUCCGCAUACAAACGAUUUGCCACAAUUACCUACUGAAGAUGAUUUAGAACGACUAGCGUUUGUAUCUUAUUCAUCUGGGACAACAGGCCGCCCGAAGGGAAUUGCAAAUCCACAUCGGGCGCCGGUUCACUCAUAUAAUCUCAGAUUUCGGCUUUCCGAUCUUCAACCAGGAGACCGCGUGGCAUGCAAUGUUUUCUUUGUUUGGGAGAUACUGCGCCCGCUCUUGCGAGGAGCGACGGUCGUUGCGGUUGCGGACGAUAUGAGCUAUGAUCCUUCUGCACUUGUUGACCUACUCUCUGCGAAACACAUUACGGAAACUCUAAUGACCCCUACUCUUUUGGCUGCCGUCCUCUCAAGACAUCCGGCACUUGGGGCCCGUCUCCCAGAUCUGCGCACCUUGUGGCUUAAUGGUGAGGUCGUCACUACUGACUUAGCCCGUCGAGCGAUCAAAGCGCUUCCAAAUACCCAACUUCUCAACUGUUACAGUGCCUGUGAAACUCAUGAGAUUGCGUGUGGGGACAUCAGGCAUAUGCUUCAUGACGAAGCCCUCUUCUGUCCUGUUGGUCCACCACUAUACCCAAAACAGACGUAUAUUCUGGAUGGUGAUGGGAAUCCGGUAGAACAUGGGGUGAGUGGGGAACUUUUCGUUGGCGGGCCGCUGCUAGCACGGGGGUAUCUAAACCGCCCUGAAACUACUUCUAAGGCCUUCCUCCAAAACCCGUUCGAUCCAGCACCAGGAGCUGUCAUGUACAGAACUGGAGAUAUAGCCAAAAUGCUACCCUCGGGGCUUCUAGAAAUUAGUGGUCGCGUUGGAUCUAUGAUCAAGCUUCGUGGCUACUCUGUUGUCCCAGGGAAAGUUGAAAAUGUCAUCAUCAACCGUCUUGCUGUUAGCGAUUGUGUGGUUAUUGCCCAUGGUGAAGGUUUGGAAAGGCAAUUGGUAGCGUAUGUCGUCCAUGAUAAGGCAAAUUCCUCUGGGCGCCAAACUAUAGAUAUCAACGAGUCAGGACAUAGCCCAGCAGCACGCCGCAUACUUUCGCCUUAUCUAGCUCACUACAUGAUUCCUGCUCUAUGGGUUGAAUUGGAUGAGUUACCCACUCAUGAAGUCUCCGGGAAAGCUGACUUUAAACGCCUUCCUCCUCCUCCAACACCGAAACCCAUAACAACAAAUGGGCACAAGGCUGAAAGCGAUCCAAUCUCAGUCGAUACCAUAGCCGAAUUCUGGGCUGCGUCUCUCAAAAUAGCACAAAGCGCCAUCACUCCAGAGCACAACUUUUUCGACCUAGGUGGACACUCCCUAUCAAUUGCAGAUCUUGCAUCAAGACUCUCAAAAAGCUUUGGCUUUCGUAUCCCCCUCGACCGUUUAGUUGAUCCUCCCACGCUCAAUGGUCAUACGAAAACUGUACGUGCGGUAAGAGACGGUCAUACUGCCGCAUUGCAAGCAGAUCUACCAGCAGUCUUGCGCGUGGACUCUAUCCUUGAGGAGGACAUUCAGCCAUUUGGUGCGAAAGCAAGGUCACUGUCCGAGGCGGGCACAGUGCUCCUUACCGGCGCGACUGGUUUCUUAGGUGCCUUCCUGCUCCACGACCUGUUGGAAGCCACGUCCGCCAAAAUAGUGUGUCUUGUGCGUUUCAAUGACCCUUGCGGAGAAGACAGCCCGGGGGGCGUAGCGAGAAUCCGCAGAAAUCUGCUUGAUCUGGGAUUGUGGCGUGAUUCGAUCAUGGAGCGCGUCGAGAUCCUACCUGGAAAUCUAUCUAGAAAACGCUUCGGUCUUUCCCCUGAGGCCUUCGAAAAGCUCGCUGCCCAUGUCCAUGUCAUCAUCCACGCUGCUGCCACCGUCAACCUGGUAUAUCCGUACGCCGCGCUAAGAGGUGCAAACGUAGGAGGUACAAGAGAGAUUUUGCGCUUGGCUUGUCGCUCUGGUGCUACAGUACAGUAUGUAUCAACGAAUGGAGUGCUGCCAUCAUCUCAGAAAGGCUGGCCCGAGGAUGCCAUGCUUGAUGUGUCUGAAGUUCCGCAAAGACUGCUUGACGGUUACGGUCAGACCAAAUGGGUGGCAGAACAGCUUGUGCUCGAGGCAGGUCGUCGCGGACUGCCAGUUGCGAUAUAUCGAGCGGGAACAAUAAGUGGCCACAGUACCACUGGCGCAGGAAACGCGUGGGAUCUCCUAUCUGCAUUAAUUGUGGAAUCGAUCCAUCUCGGUUAUGCGCCCGACGUAGAAGGGUGGCGAGCAGAGAUGACUCCAGUGGACUUCGUUAGCAAAGCAAUCGUCCAUCUCUCCAAUCAGGUUCACACGAAUCGUGUCAUGUUUCAUCUCGGUGACCCGGACCCUGUCGACACACGGUCCAUCUUCGAGAACCUCAAGGACCUAGGUUACCCAACUCGGCACCUCGGUUGGGAGGAGUGGGUUGCAAUGUGGACUGAGACAAGAGCAUCUGCGAAGGGGGGUGAUGGCGCCUUUACAAUUGACAUCCUUCGAAGCGGGAUGCCAACUGUGGACUUCCUCAAGGGCAUUGUUGUCUUGAGCAACAAUGAAACCAAGCCUUUCCAUGCGGGUGUCCAACGGCCCAAAGUGGACAUUAACUUACUGGAAAUCUACACUCGUCAUUGGUUUGCCCGAGGGUGGCUCCCUCACUCCCCUUCCCGUAAACAUUGUCUCAACAGAAUUGCGCAUCCACCACCCAAAGGCCCACUAAGCGGUCGGGUUGCAGUUAUCACAGGUGCAUCUUCCGGCAUUGGUGCGGCUGUUGCUGCCGGCCUAGCCGGGGAAGGAGCCCACGUUGCUCUCGGCGCACGGCGCAUGAAAGCCCUUGAAGCCAUCAAGAGCUCCCUUCCUCUCCGCGACAACAAAGCAAUCAUCCGACAAACCGACGUAACAGACAAGUCACAGGUGGAAGCACUAGUUCGUGCAGCCCAUGACGAGCUAGGUCCUGUGGAUAUCCUCGUCGUGUGCGCUGGAGUCAUGUAUUUUACGAUGAUGGCAAACACGCAGAUGGAGGAGUGGGAUCGUACUGUGGAUGUCAACUGCAAGGGCCUCCUACAUUGCCUUGGAGCCACCGUGCCGUCAAUGCUCUCGCGUGGCAGAGGCCAAAUUGUCGCCAUAUCAUCUGAUGCCGGUCGUAAAGUGUUCCCUGGGCUAAGCGUCUACUCCGCCAGCAAAUUUUUUGUCGAAGCCACGCUACAAGGGUUGCGACUGGAAACAGCGGGGAAAGGAUUGCGUAUCAUGAGCGUCCAGCCAGGAAAUACAGCCACUGAUCUCCUAGGGAUGUCUACUGAUGCCGAGGCAAUUAAACAAUAUGGUGAACCAUCAGGGGCGAAGAUCCUAGACCCGGAAGAUGUAGCAAACUCGAUACUUUAUGCUUUAGGGCAACCCGAGCACGUAGCUGUGAAUGAAGUAUUGAUUGAACCUCGUGAUGAACCUAUUUGA